AUGGUUGACGACUCCAUGUUGGUGGCGGUAGCUGAGGUUGUGUCCUCGCUCGCCGCCGACCCCAAGCCGUCUUCCUCGAUAUCUGCCAACAUUGGGUCCCGAAUUACCCUUCCUGGUCCCGAGACCGCUGCAAAACGAGCUCUUGAGGUUGAACUCCAGAAACUCACUAUCCGAGUGGGACAGCUUGAGAACAGAGCAAGUGCGUCGGCCACGGCCGUCUUCCCUGAAACACCAAAUGAAGUCAACGACUCCCUCUUUGGUGAGGAUGCAGGCUCAUCGCCCGCGGGCAAUCGAGGGGCAGUUUCGAGCAAGACGAAAUUGGCCCACGCCCAUCAAGGUAGCUUGGAUUGUCCGAAACUUUUGCCUCGCCAGCUGACCAAGGAAGCCCUGGAAGGACUGCGAGAACAUGUGGACGACCAGUCCAAGCUCCUCGAUAGCCAACGACAGGAGCUUGCUGGCGUCAACGCCCAGCUUCUCGAGCAAAAGGAGCUACAGGAGCGUGCUCUUGCAAUGCUUGAGCAAGAGCGUGUAGCCACCCUUGAACGGGAGCUGUGGAAACACCAAAAGGCCAACGAGGCAUUCCAAAAGGCCCUCCGAGAGAUUGGUGAAAUCGUCACCGCUGUCGCCCGCGGCGACCUGACCAUGAAAGUCCGCAUGAACACCGUCGAAAUGGACCCCGAAAUUACAACUUUCAAGCGAACUAUUAAUGCAAUGAUGGAUCAGUUACAAAUCUUUGCUAGCGAAGUAUCUCGAGUAGCCCGUGAAGUCGGUACCGAAGGUCUACUCGGUGGCCAAGCCCGCAUCGGGGGCGUUGAUGGAACAUGGAAAGAAUUGACAGAUAACGUGAACGUAAUGGCUCAAAAUCUCACUGAUCAAGUGCGCGAAAUUGCCUCUGUUACAACGGCUGUUGCACACGGCGACUUGACCAAGAAAAUUGAACGACCAGCUAGAGGUGAAAUUCUCCAGCUUCAGCAAACUAUCAAUACCAUGGUGGAUCAAUUACGAACUUUUGCGUCCGAAGUGACGCGAGUCGCCAGAGAUGUCGGAACUGAAGGUAUUCUCGGCGGUCAAGCAGAUGUAGGGGGAGUGCAGGGCAUGUGGAACGAUUUGACAGUCAACGUCAAUGCCAUGGCCAACAAUUUGACGACCCAAGUGCGAGACAUUAUCAAGGUCACCACGGCUGUCGCCAAGGGAGACCUCACUCAGAAGGUGCAGGCCGACUGCAGGGGAGAAAUUUUUGAACUAAAGUCUACAAUCAACUCCAUGGUGGACCAACUGUCACAAUUUGCAAGGGAAGUUACCAAGAUUGCGCGAGAAGUCGGUACUGAGGGACGGCUUGGUGGCCAAGCCACCGUUCACGAUGUUGAAGGAACCUGGAGAGACCUGACAGAAAACGUCAAUGGCAUGGCCAUGAACUUGACUACGCAAGUGCGAGAAAUUGCAAAGGUUACCACCGCUGUCGCUAAAGGUGACCUGACUAAGAAGAUUGGGGUUGAGGUCAAGGGUGAGAUUCUGGAGCUAAAGAACACCAUCAAUCAGAUGGUGGACCGGCUUGGAACCUUUGCUGUGGAAGUGAGCAAGGUGGCUCGAGAAGUCGGCACGGAUGGUACGCUGGGAGGCCAAGCACAAGUCGCCAACGUUGAGGGUAAAUGGAAAGACCUCACCGAAAAUGUCAACACCAUGGCGUCAAAUCUUACACUUCAAGUAAGAAGCAUCUCUGCUGUCACGCAAGCUAUUGCAAACGGCGAUAUGAGUCAAACCAUUGAUGUGGAGGCCAAUGGCGAAAUACAAGUUCUAAAGGAGACCAUUAACAACAUGGUGUCACGACUGUCGAGUUUCUGCUACGAGGUGCAACGAGUUGCAAAGGAUGUCGGUGUAGACGGAAAGAUGGGUGCCCAAGCAGAUGUCGCCGGCUUAAAUGGACGAUGGAAGGAGAUCACAACAGAUGUGAACACAAUGGCUAGCAAUUUGACGACACAAGUGCGAGCCUUCUCCGAUAUCACGAACCUGGCUACUGACGGAGACUUCACCAAACUUGUCGACGUCGAGGCGUCAGGUGAAAUGGACGAGCUCAAGCGAAAGAUCAAUCAGAUGAUAUCAAACCUGCGAGACAGUAUUCAAAGAAACACACAGGCAAGGGAGGCUGCCGAACUGGCAAACAAGACCAAGUCGGAAUUCUUGGCAAAUAUGUCGCACGAAAUUCGAACGCCCAUGAACGGUAUUAUUGGCAUGACCCAGUUGACCCUGGACACCGACUUGACUCAGUACCAACGCGAGAUGCUCAACAUCGUCAACAACCUUGCCAAUAGUUUGUUAACGAUUAUCGACGACAUCUUGGAUCUUUCCAAGAUUGAGGCUAGGCGAAUGGUGGUUGAAGAGAUCCCGUAUACGUUGCGAGGAACUGUUUUCAAUGCCCUCAAGACCCUAGCCGUCAAGGCAAAUGAGAAGUUUUUGGACCUUACUUACAAGGUGGACAGCUCCGUUCCUGACCAUGUGAUCGGAGACUCGUUCCGUCUUAGGCAGAUUAUUCUUAACCUUGUGGGUAACGCGAUUAAGUUCACGGAACAUGGUGAAGUUAGUCUUACCAUCAAGGAAAGGGCCAAUCAGCACGAGGUCGGCCUGGGGGAGUACGCCAUUGAAUUUGUCGUUGAGGAUACUGGCAUCGGCAUAGCCAAGGACAAGUUGAACCUCAUUUUCGAUACAUUCCAGCAAGCAGAUGGAUCCAUGACUCGCAAGUUUGGCGGCACAGGUCUCGGCCUCUCCAUCUCAAAACGCCUGGUGAACCUGAUGGGAGGUGACCUCUGGGUGCUGAGUGAAGCGGGCAAAGGCAGUCAGUUUCACUUUACUUGCAGAGUCAGGCUCGCGGUCGAUGACACGGAAGGCACUCUUAAGCAGCUCAAGCCGUACCGUGGCCACCAAGUGCUCUUUGUUGAUAAGGCUCAGUCGAGCUCUGGUGCGGAUAUCAAGGACAUGCUGGAACAGAUCGGAUUACACCCCGUCGUGGUUGAUUCUGAGAAGAGCUCUGCCCUCACCAGACUCAAGGCUGGCGGCGCGUUGCCAUAUGAUGCCAUCCUCGUCGACUCCAUUGACACAGCCAGGAGACUGAGGGCAGUCGAUGACUUCAAGUACUUGCCCAUUGUCCUGUUGGCCCCUGUUGUCCAUGUUAGCCUCAAGUCUUGCCUGGACCUCGGCAUCACCUCGUACAUGACUACACCAUGCACGCUGGUCGAUCUCGGCAAUGGCAUGGUACCCGCACUUGAGAACAGGGCAACUCCAUCGCUGGCUGAUAAUACCAAGUCACUGGAUAUUUUGCUUGCCGAGGACAACACCGUGAACCAGCGAUUAGCCGUCAAGAUUCUUGAGAAGUAUCAUCAUGUAGUCACCGUUGUGGGCAACGGGUGGGAAGCUGUCGAGGCUGUGAAGGAGAAGAAGUUUGACGUGAUCCUUAUGGAUGUCCAGAUGCCCAUCAUGGGAGGAUUCGAGGCUACCGGCAAGAUUCGUGACUACGAACGAGGUAUGGGCACACACAGAACCCCCAUUAUCGCUCUGACGGCGCAUGCCAUGAUGGGUGAUCGUGAGAAGUGUAUCCAAGCGCAAAUGGAUGAGUAUCUCGCCAAACCACUGCAACAAAAUCACCUCAUCCAAACGAUUUUGAAAUGUGCCACGCUGGGUGGCCCGUUGUUAGAAAAGAACCGGGAGAGAGAGCUGGCGAUUCAAGCCGAUGCAAAAUCAAGGAACAGCAAGGCAGUGGGUGAUCAGGGCCUGCUCCGUCCGGCCUUGGAGAACCGAUCGAUGACCACACGAGAAUCAAUGGCUAGCCAAGAAGGAGAGACUCCAUCAAUCGUCUCCGCAGAAGAGGAAGAUCCUUGGUCUAGGCAGCGACGUGAUCUCUCUGACAUGCGAAGCAUCUCUGGUUAG